ACCAAAUUUCCAAAAGCCUUUGCUGACCUUCCCGAAAGUCUGAACACCAAGUCGGGUCAAAUUCCGGAGCCUAGGGUUUUCCACUCCUACUUCAACACCCACCAAAUUAGGGAUUUGAAUUCCAGCCUCGAAUUUCAGAUUGGGAUUUACCUCGUCUUCAUUUCCAGCUAUGAUAUUAGAGAAAUGCAUAGGAGCUCAAAGAUGCCGGCGGAUCCAGCGAGCUCUCCGCCACGGCAAGGUCACAAUCCUCUGCCUCGUCCUCACCGUCGUCGUCCUCCGCGGCACAAUCGGCGCGGGAAAGUUCGGCACUCCGGAGCAGGACUUCAUCGAGAUUCGCGACCACUUCUACUCCCGCAAACGCGCCGAGCCCCACCGCGUCCUCGAGGAGCUCCAAACCACGCCGUCGGACCCCAACAACUACAACGCCUUCGACAUCAACAAGAUCUUAAAGGACGAAGAAGGCGAGGAGGAGGAGAAGCCCGACCCGAAUAAACCCUACUCUCUCGGGCCCAAGAUUUCCGAUUGGGAUGAGCAGAGAUCGAAAUGGCUGAGGCGGAACCCUAAUUUCCCCAAUUUCAUUGGGCCCAAUAAGCCCAGGGUGCUCUUAGUGACCGGGUCGUCGCCUAAACCCUGUGAGAAUCCGGUAGGUGAUCAUUACUUGUUGAAGUCGAUUAAGAACAAGAUUGAUUAUUGUAGGUUGCAUGGGAUUGAGGUCUUUUACAAUAUGGCCCUUUUGGAUGCUGAGAUGGCCGGGUUUUGGGCCAAGCUGCCGUUGAUUCGGAAGCUGCUGCUGUCUCAUCCAGAAGUUGAGUUCCUUUGGUGGAUGGACAGUGAUGCUAUGUUUACGGAUAUGGCAUUCGAGCUGCCUUGGGAGAGGUACAAAGAUUCAAACUUUGUAAUGCACGGGUGGAAGGAGAUGGUAUAUGAUGACAAGAAUUGGAUUGGGUUGAAUACCGGUAGUUUUUUGUUGAGAAAUUGUCAGUGGUCUUUGGAUAUGCUUGAUGCUUGGGCGCCAAUGGGGCCGAAAGGGAGGGUUAGGGAUGAGGCGGGGAAGGUGUUGACUGCGGCGCUUCAGGGCAGGCCGGUGUUUGAAGCUGAUGAUCAGUCGGCUAUGGUGUAUAUAUUGGCUACUCAGAGGGAGAAGUGGGGUGAUAAGGUUUAUCUUGAGAAUGCGUAUUAUUUACAUGGUUAUUGGGGGAUUUUGGUUGAUAAGUAUGAGGACAUGAUUGAGAAAUUUCAUCCUGGUUUGGGUGAUCAUAGGUGGCCGUUGGUGACACAUUUUGUGGGGUGCAAGCCAUGUGGGAAGUUUGGAGAUUACCCUGUUGAGAGAUGCUUGAAGCAGAUGGACAGGGCUUUUAAUUUUGGUGAUAAUCAGGUUCUUCAAAUAUAUGGAUUCACUCACAAGUCAUUGGCUAGUAAACGAGUUAAGAGAGUUCGAAAUGAAACGAGCAAACCACUUGAGGUUAAAGAUGAACUCGGGUUGCUUCAUCCUGCGUUUAAGGCUGUUAAGGUGUCAUCUUCCUAGGUCAGCUGUUUUGCUCACUCAUGUGAGACAUGCUACAUUUUGUAUGUUGUUCUUGAUGCUUUCCUUGCUAGAUGUGGAGAUAGUAUUCUUUUGUUCCUUAUAAAUAUUUGUUACUUGUGAAGUGAAACAGAGAGAUUAAUUUAGUGUU